UAAAAAAUAAUUGAAUUGUGCAACAGAAAGUGACACACGAAAGUAGUACAAAAGAUUUUAUGACGGUCGGUUCUAACGGUUGAUAAUAUUUCCAUCAUAAUAUAUGCACACAAUAUAUAGAGACAUGAUUAAGGUCCAUAUGUCUCAUACUAACAAAAUGGAAAAGACCAGAAUGCAUCACGAGCCAAUCAAGUCAUUCUGGAGUCCCCACACUCCACACUACUACUACUACAACUUCAUUGUCUUCUUCCGCGGAUUGUAUGGCCGAUGGAUGCAUAUAAAAAGGUGCUUCUUCUCUGUGUUUAUUUCCCAUUCAUUGGCCGUUUCUUCCUAAGCUUAGAUAAAAACCAUGAAGAACAAAAACCAAAUAGAUUUAGAGAAGAAAGACACCGUUAAUAUGAGUGAAAAUGGUGAAGAAGGCAAUAGAAGUGGCGGUUUUGCUACAAUUACAACAACAAGGAGGAGGUGGAAGCUUGGUGGAAUCCGAACUAUGCCUUUUAUCCUUGGUAUAAGUUCUACUUCAAUUCUCCUUGUGUGUGUGUGUGUGUGUUUUCUUUUCUUUUUUCUUCCUCACUUGAUAUCCAUAUAUCUUCUGUUCUUUCAACCUUCUUUCAUCUUUCUAUGAGGAAUUUGAUUUCCCCAUGUGUUUUUGGCUUUUUGUUGAUGAACAAGUAAAAAGCUUGGGAAUGCUUUUAACCUUAUCCUGUCUGUUUAGGAAACUUAAACGAGCAAACACGAAAUAUAAUUUGACUCUUUAGCAUAUUAUGCCCUGAUUUCUCAACGAAUGGCAUUAAUAUAAUUUAUAUCUAAUAUUUAAUCUGUAUUAUGGAAGCUUGUGAAUCCAAAAGGAAAUGGUGGCCAUGUGUAUGUAAAAGUGAUAACUAUGUAGAAUGUUGUAAUUAUGGUUUUGGCUUCUUUCUGUGGGUUUCUGUCCGACUAAUCAUCUUCUCAAAAUAGUUCCUUUUUCUCCCCAUAUUUCACGUGUAUUAUGGAAACAUAUAUGUAUCUAUUUUUUAUAUCACUUUUAGUUUCGAUUCAUUUAAGUUCUUUUUUAUUAUUAUUUUUAUAUCACUUUUAGUUUUAUUUCAUUUAAGUUCUUUUAUUUUUUUUUAUUUUUUAAUGUAUUGUAAAUAAAGAGGCUUCUUCAAGACUAUAUGGAUACUAUUUCUUAUACACAUGAAAUGACAAAUUACAAGAGUCAUUGUAACUUGUAAAGUCAAAAAUAUAUGAAUAAUAAUGGGUAGUCCUUUUCAUUAAUAUUAUUUAUUACUGAAUUAUGCUUAAUAAUUCAUCUCUUACUUAAGUUGAUCCACAAAAAUUGAUUUCCUCCCAACACUUAAAAAAUGACUCAAUUUCAUCAUCAACUUGAUUUCACCUCCUACUUGCCUCUCUUGGCAAAAAAUAUUGGUCCUAAUCCAAAACACAAAACACUUGGGAUAUAAUUAAAAAAAUAAAUAAAUAAACAUAAAGGAUACCUACCAUCGGGUACCUUAAUCGCUCGAAAAGAAAGAUUCAUCAUAAAUAGUCAUGAAUUUAAUAUAUAAACCUGUUGUUUUAUGCAAUAUAUAGGUAUACUUAUUUCUCAAUAUGUAUUUCAAGUUAUAUUUUGUGAAAAUUACUGGUGCAGCGGGCCAUGCACUUAAAAGUAUUAACGAGUUAGAUUGAUGUUUCCACCUCUGAUUUGAAAAAAAGAAAGAAAGAAAAAAAGAAAAAACAGCCAUAAGUUGUCCAACGUAGAUGAUACAAUUAAGAGAAAUCAUAUGGUUAAAUAAUAAAUUUUUGUGAUAAUACUGGGGGAAUAUUUUAAACAAUUAUCUUUAUCCUGAUAGGUAAAUUACCCGUGGAAAAUUAAAAGUUGAUAUAAACAGUUAUUGCAUUCUAUGGAAUAGGGAAUUGAUAUAAAUUAAAAGUUGUGACGGUCCAGAGUGUCAAUAUUAGUUUCUGUUGGUUUUCAAUUUGGCUUUUCGAAAUCACUUCAUUAUACACAACAAGAACAAGAACGAAUUAAGAUGAGUUUAGAUGACGAUCUUUUUACGUCUCGAUGACAGGUUUGUUUUCUGGUAUUCAUGAAUAUCAACGAAAACAAGAAUUGAUUUAGACUCGGGAUGAAAAUUUCCCGUGGAAAAGUCCUUAAGAAUAUAAUUGUUGAAAUUUCUAGUAAAGCCUUUUUCAGUCCUUAAAAUCAUUAUCAUUAUUAUAUCGCAACUUUUGGUGAGUGCUUUACAGUAGUGUUUAGAAAAGUGUCUCACAAUCAAUAUUGAAAAGCGUCAAAUAUAUUCUUUGUUUUACUCAAAUGAAUAAAUGUGACCAUUAGCAAUAUAGUCCAGAUGUUGAUGUAAAGCAAGAACUUUACAUACCCACAAAGUAGAGCAUAAACCCUACGAUGAACAGCGGAUAAGAGAACGAUUCGCACUGUACGACUUUCGACAUCUGGAUUGCUCAGAUUCUCUAACAUAGCAUUAUUAUUCUUGCAAAUUUUUUAUUACGAAAGUACGAUAGAAGAUCAAUUCUUUUGUGGAAAAUAAUAAUAAUAAGGAGAAAAAUUUGUAGAGCAAAAAAUGUUGAAGAAGUAACAUCAUCGUUUAGAUAAACUGAAACCAGAAUCAACAAAGAUUGUGUUAUUUAGUACUCGUCCCAAAAUUAUUGUCCAAUUUGAGAUUUCACUUUUAGUACAAUUUGAACUGAAAAAAUAAAAAUCUAAACUGGACAAUAAUUAUUGGACAAAGAGAGUACUACAUUAGUCACAUAGUAAGAAUAGUCUUUGGACACCGUAAGUAUACUUUUAAAUUUCUGUACUAUAAAUAGAUUUUUCAAUUUUUAUACUUCUACAUAUAUCUGUUGAUAUAAGUAAUUUGGACCCUGGCAAUAUAGAUAAUGUUUAUGCGAUAUUAUUAUUUAUUUCACCAAUUAUUUUACUAGAUGACUUUAUUUCUUUUGUAUGGAUAUUUUUUGUACAGCAAAUGAGGCCUGUGACAAAUUUGCGGCAACUGGAUUCCAUGCAAACAUGAUAACGUACCUGACCCAAGUGCUCAACUUGCCGCUGGUGAAGGCCUCCAACACACUCACCAACUUUGCCGGAAUUUCAAACUUUACCCCACUUUUGGGUGCUCUCGUUGCCGACUCCGUCGCCGGCCGGUUUUGGACCCUUUUUGUUGCUUCCAUCAUUUAUGAACUGGUCCAUCUCCAAUCCUUACCUAUCUAACUUCUUCUCCUUAAAAUGUCUAGUUCAGUUCAAUAAAUUGCAAUACCUUGGUAAAAAUAUUACGAUUAGAAAAGGGGGAAAAUCCCACUAUUAUGAUUUUUCUUUCUAUGCAGGGAAUGGUUAGCAUUACUAUUUCAGCAGCAUUGCCAAAAUUUCAUCCUCCGGCGUGCCCAACUCAACAGAACUGCAAAGAAGCAUCAAGCUCACAACUUUCAGUCUUGUACAUCUCUCUGCUUUUGACUUCUUUGGGAACUGGAGGCCUUAGGCCAUGUGUGGUCACCUUUGCGGCCGACCAAUUCGACAUGAGCAAAUCCAAAGUGGCCUCCAGAAGCUGGAAUUUCUUCAACUGGUACUAUUUUUGCAUGGGAAUGGCCACACUCUUGGCUCUCACUGUCGUGGUUUAUAUCCAGGACAAUGUGGGUUGGGGUUGGGGACUUGGGAUCCCAACUAUUGCAAUGGGAUUGUCGAUUAUCGCCUUUGUUGUUGGGGCACCUCUGUACCGGAAAGUGAAGCCAGGGGGAAGUCCGCUAGUUAGGUUGGCACAAGUAAUUGUUGCAGCAUUCAAGAAGAGAAAGCUUCUUUUCCCAAAUGCUGAUCAGCCUGGUGUUUUAUAUGAGAAUAAGGAGCUUGAUACUGAUAUUUCAACUGAUGGGAGGCUCAUUCACACAAACCAGUUCAGGUGGUUUGAUCGGGCUGCUAUAGUGACAGAUGGAGAUUUUGAUGAAUCAAACCAGCCAGAUCUAUGGAGAUUAGCAACAGUCCAUAGAGUUGAAGAGCUAAAAUCCAUCAUUCGUGUUUUACCAAUCUGGGGAGCAGGGAUAUUACUAGUCACUGCUAACUCACAUUUGCACAGCUUCACAAUCCAGCAAGCUCGUAGCAUGAAUCGUCACUUAUCACCCUCUUUUGAAAUCCCUCCAGCAAGCUUAUCAAUCUUCAGUGUCUUAACAAUGCUUGUUGGACUUGCAUUAUACGAGCGCCUUUUCGUGCCAUUUGUUCGGCGAUUCACAGGACAUCCAGCAGGGAUCACGUAUUUACAGCGAAUGGGCGUGGGGUUCACAAUCAACAUUCUCGUUACAAUCGUGUCAGCGCUUGUUGAAAUCAAACGGAAAGAGGUUGCUGCACGACACAAUCUUCUUGACAAGCCGACUGCCGUCAUACCGAUAAGUGUCUUUUGGCUGCUGCCACAAUUCUGCCUACAUGGAGUCGUUGAAGUGUUUAAUUCUGUGGGGCAUUUGGAAUUUCUUUAUGAUCAAUCACCAGAGAGCAUGAGAAGUACAGUGGUAGCUCUUUACUCCCUUGCAUCAUCAUUUGGGAAUUACAUUGGAACUUUCUUGGUGUCUGCAGUUCACAAAUAUACACGGAAAGAGAGGAACUGGCUGCCUGAUAGAAACCUGAACAGAGGAAGGUUGGAGAAUUAUUAUUGGUUGGUGACUGUAAUUCAAGUAUUCAAUCUCAUUUACUAUGUGAUAUGUGCAUGGUGCUACACCUACAAGCCAAUUGAAGAAUUAACUGAUCAUGAUGAAAUGGGUGAAGAAUUAGACAUGGAGUUAGCUAAGGGUACUAUAAAAAUACCAGAACCGCAGAAUUAGCAAAAUACAACUAGCUGAUUACAUUGUGUGCCUUCCGAUACCAAAGAUUUGGAUAGGUAGUAAGAGCGGCUAAGGGCACUAUCCAAGUACAGAUAGUGAAGCAAAGUCAGCAAUGGACAACAACUGGCUAGUUUUAUUAACGUGUCUUCCAAUACCAAAGGAUUGGAGUGGUAAUAAAGAGUAAACUGAAAGCAGCUAAGUGUAUUAUCAAGUUAUCAGAUACUGAGCAAAAUUAGCAUGUACAACUGGCUAGUCAUAUUAUGUGCCCUUCCCUUACAAUGCCAAAGGCAUGAAAGAUUUUGUAAGACUGACGCGGUUGUAAUCCUUAUACUGGUUCAAAUUUAGAGAAUUCAAGUUCCGGUAUUUUUUU